AUGUCUUCCUCACGAAUGAUCUCCCUCAAAGAUCAUCCAGUCCCGCCCACUCUCAUUCACGGCACAGAAGAGGCUCUCGACUCUCUCCAACGGGCAUGCAACCACUACCGCCUCGCACCAGACACCUCAAGCACACUCAGCGGUGAUGCAGUCGUUGAGCAGUCCGUCCAGUGCUUGCGCAGAAUCAACUGCUUCCCACCACACGAAGACCUUGAGGUCUUGAAUUACCCUUCCGAACCCCUCAACGAACCUGCGCAGACCACGAUUUCUGCUCCAUUCCUCAACGACGAGAUCAACAUCGACAUGCUGUUGGCCGGUCUCGACGCCGCAAACGACCUCUUCCACCACCGCAUCUUCCAACUCGGCGUCCUCACCUACACCACCGCCGAAGAAGGCUACAGCCAACAAGCCGAGCUCUUCUGGACGAUGCGUAACAAGAAAGCAACCAACACCCUCUGGCUCGCGCGCUUCAUCUUCAUCGGCUCCGAUCCCGCCAACUACAGCGAGUCCUUCUCCCCGUUCACCUUCCGCCCAAACAACUCCACUCCGCGUCCCGAGCAUACCCGCCUCUUCAUCUACACAGCGGACAAAGACAUCGCCGCGUACUGCAAGUACGCCCACCUCACCAGCGCAGAAAUCCUCGACGGCGCCGCCCACCCUGACGAGAUCUUCGGCCAGCUUCUCCUCCGUGUAGCGAAGCACUACACCAAUGCACAACUCUCCGACAUGAUCAACGAGCUGCGCGUCAAGGAGAAGAUGAAGCCGAGGACUCCGAAUAUGAUCACAAAGCUGAUCUCGCAGGCGGCGAAGUGGGAUGCGGUGCGGAAUGGGGUCACCUACAAGGAUGCACGUCUUGAGUUCGACGGGAAGCGUGAGGAGUUGGGCACGAAGGAUGUGCGCCUUGGUAACUCCGGGGUGAAGCGGAAGGUGGAGGAGGAAGAGGAUGAGGAUUACGUGGAAGAUGGUGAGGAUGACGAGGAUGACGUGAAGGGAGAGGUCUUGGAGGAUUGGGACAGCGAGAUGCCGACCGCAGGUGCAUCGAAGGAGGAUGGCUUCAGCGGUGACUACAGCGAGUUGGACGGCGACGUGAAGAUGGAGAGCGAUGGAGACUUCCCUUGCACCGAGAAUGGCUUCUCAAAAGUUCAAGGAAUGUACUACAAUACGAGACCCGAAGUCUCUUCUUUCUUCCCUUCCAUUGUCCAUGUUCACAUGUCUCACCUCCCCGCUGUCUCGCAGGAUGUUCCACAUCGACCUCGAGACCUGCAGCAGGUCCUGGUCGGCAGCCGAAACUUCUUGCCUUUGUUGUCCGCGGCCGAGACAUCGCUCGUCAAUGCCAUUGUCUUGGUACAGCAAACACCUUUCUCCAACUCUUGCGACAAAACCAGCCUAGAUGAUGGCCAGUCAGCCACCUGCUCAUCUCUCAAGCAGUGCAAUCUACAGCGCGUCGCUCAAAUACCACACGACAGGAUCUUCGGCAAGCCAGGUCCAGCCAUCAUCCUCAAAGGAAGAAGAUCUGCGAUAUCGGAGCUGCAAAAGGCUGUCCAACAAGAAGACCUGAUUGUACAGCUCAGCAAGCCACAGAAUGCAGGAGAAGUAUUGGCGACAUCGCUGGAGUCUCUGCGCUUGAAAGAUGCUCUACCGAGUCUCAGAGACACGAUGGAGCUGCCGAAACGAUCUGCGACUUACCAGGCCUCGAGAGGCAUCAGACCAGAAGAUUGGACUCAUCCAAUCGACCUUCGGCAUCAAGUUAAUCCGCCGUUCAGCCUCAAGGAAUUGGACAUACACAAGACUCUGGGUGCGUUGAAAGUGCACCAGAGACUUCACGGCAAGGGCCAUGUCUGUCAAGUCGGCAUACUCAGCAAGCUGGAUUUUGAUGAUGAGCAUCAUGUCUAUCUCUUCUCGUCGGAUGUCGAGAAGGCUGCCACAGACACAAUGUGGCUGUUUCGUGAGUGUACGACUGAUGUUCGUGGGGCAAUGGCGAUUGAAGAGAGCUGGAGAGGCUUCAUGUCUCGUCGAGAAGCACUCGACCCUGCAGCGAACAACGAAGAGCUGGCAGAGCCGUACGAGACUGCAAUUGACCCUCAGCUACAGUCAAAGAGAGUCGAUCUGCCUCGUGAGAGUGUUCAAAGCUCUCUAGCACAACAGCAGUAUCAAGGCCUGAUAUACCAGCCUUAUUCGGAGCAUACCGCAGGCCACCAAGCAGAGCCUCAGCAACUCAUGGACGACUUGGCAACCGCCGAAAUGUAUCAACCAGAACGGUUCUUCGACUCCAUGCCCAACACCAACAUCUACACCAGCGCUGCCAAUUUACCAGGGUAUGGAGACUUCAGUAUGUUCGACAAUGGCGGCAACUAUCUUUCCACCUAUCCGCAGUACGGCUACGACAAUCCUCAUUUCGACCAGACGACCAAUCUCAACUCUCUCACCGAUCGAUCCCAACUCUUCACCCAACUCGGCCACCACCCGGGCUGGUUCGAGAACACAACCUCCCCGACCACUUCCAUCUCGCACUCAACUCCCGAUCGACCUCUUCAAGCAGAACAAGAGCCAUACCAGCAAACACCGCCACGAGCACCGAAAACAACCCGAAACCCGAUCAUCCCACGCCAGAUCAACGGUCAGCCCACUACCACCCAGCUCGACUCACUCACCAACGAAGAAAUCCUCUCCGGCGCCAUCGAUCCCAAAUACAUCGUCGGCAACCUCAUCCUCCGCCUCGCAAGGUCCUACAGCAACACCGAGAUCGCUGAACGGUGCAACGCGCAAUCAACGAAGAAAUUGUCUCACAACCUCUACACAAAACGCAUUACCAAGGCGUUGAAGGACAAGUAUGGGUCUGACAGAGAGAAGUAUGCUGAGGCGAGGAGGAGGUUUAAUCGGGAGAGGAAGGGGAAUGGGGUCAGUGUUGGUGUGGUGAAGAUGGGUAGGAAUGGAGGGAGGAUGCGGGACGGAAUCAGGAGGGUGGAGAGGUUGGAGACGAUUCAGGAGGAGGGGGAUGAGGAUGUUGGGACUGGAGGGAAUGAAGUUGGAGGGCGGGCUCUGCGUUCGAGGAGGCAGAGAAGGAAACUUCCGAGUGCGAUCAAAUUCGAAGGAGGAGAGUAUGUCGAGGUGCACGAUGAAGAGGAGGAGAAGCCAGACAUGGACGAAGAUGGUGAGUACAAGGAAGUACCAUCGGACAUCGACGAUACUGAUGUUGGGUAUUUUGAGGAAGGGCUUGAGAUGGACGUGGACUAG